AUGGAAUCGUCAAACUCAGAUCAACCGAAUCAUAGAACUUUUGUAAUAGAAACGUCUCAAGAUGUUUCCAAAUUUCUCGACAAAUCUGAACAAGAAGAAGUCUAUAAUCGAUAUUCAGAUGUCACGUUGGUACUAAACAGCUUGGAGAAUGGAGUUGGGAACCUAUAUCUAACGAAUCUGAAGUUAAUCUGGCUAAACUCGGAUCCUUCAAGGCAUUCAUAUUCAUUUCCGUACAAAUCAAUGAUGUUUCACGCGAUAUCUAAAGAUACUAAUCUGUUCAAAAACCCUUGUGUUUUCAUACAAUUGAACGUAACUGAGGAUGAAGAGGAUAAUCACUCACUACUACUAUCACCUGACGACUCAAGUCUAGUUGAAUCGAUUUUUGAAAGCUUAUCGAAAAUGAGUUCAUUUAAUGAAUCGUGUUCAUCGGACGAAGAUGACUCAAACUGCGAGAUUUAUGAAGAGUAG